AUGUCAAUGCCAAUUACGCUGAGGGUGGGAUUUCUUCUUUUUAGAGCAGUCAAUCACGGUUACUUGCUUCCGUUCAUAACAUCGUCGCUCUUUAACACCCUCGCCAUGCCCUCUUCAGAAGACGAUAAGAUCGAGUCCGUCCCAUUGACCUCUGUCAAAGACACAGACGAGGACAGUGCAGACGCCUCAUUGCCCACACCAGUCUCUGCCCCUUCAUCUUCAGCCAAAGCCAAGCCCAAAAUCCCCGCGUUCGUCAUAAUUCCGAUAUGGAUGGCUUUCUCCGUCUCAGUUAUCCUCUACAACAACCACCUGUACAACGUCCUUGACUUCAAGUUUCCUGUAUUUCUCGUAACGUGGCAUCUCACUUUCUCCGCGAUUGGGACGCGUGUGUUACAACGAACGACCCACCUGCUAGAUGGGACGAAAGACAUCAACAUGAACAAGGACAUGUUCCUCCGCUCAAUUCUCCCAAUUGGCUUGCUUUUCAGCGGCAGUCUGAUACUAAGCAACUCGGCCUACCUAUAUCUCAGCAUCUCCUACAUACAAAUGCUCAAGGCAUUCAAUGCAGUCGCGGUCCUCAUUAUCUCUUGGAUCUUCCGCAUCUCCGAGCCCAACAGGAAACUUGGGGUUAUUGUUUUCAUGAUUUCCUUCGGUGUCGCCCUCACGUCGACCGGUGAACUCAAGUUCAACCUGCUCGGGUUUAUUAUCCAGGCGGCGGCGGUUGUCUUUGAGGCUUCGCGUCUCGUCAUGAUCGAAAUUCUCCUCCACGGGAUGAAGAUGGACCCUCUAGUUUCGCUGCACUACUAUGCCCCCAUUUGCGCCCUUAUCAAUCUGCUCUUCCUCCCAUUCACGGAGGGCCUGGCACCGUUCUACCAACUGGCACGUCUUGGCCCGCUGAUACUCCUCAGCAAUGCCUUCAUCGCGUUCUUCCUGAACGUAGCGGCCGUCUUUCUGGUCGGCGUUACGAGUGGCUUGGUCUUGACACUCGCAGGGGUGCUAAAGGAUAUUCUUCUCAUCAGUGGCUCGGUUAUUAUCUUCAGCGCCGUAAUAACCCCACUGCAGAUUUUCGGAUAUUCCAUUGCUUUGGCUGGGCUCGUGCUCUUCAAGACAACAGGCGGCAACGCUCCGACAUAG